CUCUCUCUCUCUCUGGGUUGUGCUUACUUCUUUAUUUUGUUAACCUCAGAUUUUUGCAUUGCAUCCACCAUGGCUGUGCCCCCUUUUGUUCUUCUUCUGAUUUUUGUGGGUUGUGCUUCCACUGUGACAUCUGACCAAGAUCCAUUCAUAGGAGUGAACAUAGGAACGGAUCUUUCCGACAUGCCACAUCCAACUCAAGUAGUUGCUCUCCUCAAGGCACAGAACAUAAGGCACAUCCGCCUGUACAACACCGACCGUGGCAUGCUUGUUGCGCUAGCAAACACGGGCAUUCAGGUCAUCGUUUCAGUCCCCAAUGAGCAACUCCUUGGAAUCGGCCAAUCCAACUCCACAGCUGCCAACUGGGUCUCUCAAAAUGUCAUAGCUCAUUACCCAGCCACCAACAUCACCGGCAUUUCUGUGGGGUCCGAGGUUCUAACCGCACUCCCCAAUGCAGCUCCCAUCCUGGUAAAUGCCCUAAAGUUCAUCCACUCCGCUCUAGUUGCCUCAAAUCUUGAUCGUCAGAUCAAAGUUUCCACCCCGCUUUCCUCGUCCAUAAUACUGGACUCUUUCCCGCCUUCCCAAGCAUUCUUUAACAAAUCCCUGAACCCGGUUUUGGUCCCCAUGCUGAAUUUUUUGCAAUCCACGGGAUCGUAUCUAAUGCUCAAUGUAUACCCUUACUACGACUACAUGCAAUCCAACGGUGUCAUUCCCUUGGAUUAUGCGCUCUUCAAGCCUCUGCCAUCUAACAAAGAGGCAGUGGAUGCAAACACUCUUCUCCACUACACGAAUGUGUUUGAUGCUACGGUCGACGCAACCUACUUCGCGAUGGCUUUUCUGAACUUCACCAACAUUCCUGUUGUGGUGACUGAAACAGGGUGGCCGUCAAAGGGUGAUUCCAAUGAGCCGGACGCCACACUGGUUAAUGCCAACACGUAUAACAGUAACUUGAUAAGGCACGUGCUGAACAAGACCGGGACACCCAAGCACCCUGGCAUCGCAGUCAGUACUUAUAUUUAUGAGCUCUAUAAUGAAGAUACAAAAGCGGGUCCGCUAUCUGAGAAGAACUGGGGAUUGUUUGAUGCAAGUGGGAGCCCCAUUUACAUAUUGCACUUGACAGGGUCAGGAUCGGUUCUGGCGAAUGACACGACGAACCAAACGUAUUGUACUGCGAAGGAAGGUGCUGACCCGAAGAUGCUGCAGGCUGCUUUGGAUUGGGCCUGUGGAGUCGGCAAGGUGGAUUGCUCGCCACUGAUGCAGGGCGAAUCAUGCUAUGAACCGGACACAGUAUCUGCGCAUGCCACCUAUGCAUUUGAUACGUACUAUCAUCAAAUGGGGAAGGCUCCCGGAUCUUGUGAUUUCAACGGGGUGGCUGCAGUCACCACCACAAAUCCUGGUCAUGGUUCUUGCAUAUUUUCAGGAAGUCUCGGUAGGAACGCGACAUCAGUGAAUGUGACGGCCCCGUCUAUGAAUUCAACGACCUCGGGAUCGCCUGCUGGAAAUCACUAUACCAGCAUGUCUUGCUUCUUAUUGUGGAUGAAAGUCCUGGUCUGGAUUGCCCUGUUCUUGUAAAAUGGUACAUAUAUCUAGGUGAAGAAGAUUCAGUCUGUUUCUGAAGAUUAUUUUGUUAUUAGACCGGAUGGUUUUAGGGAAAGUCAUCCGGUCAAAUUUUGUGCAAAUCAAUCAAAGAAGCCUCGCUAGAAACUGAAAAAUGUAAUUCUUUUCAGGCAGAUUCGAUUGUUCUCCUCUUGUUAUCAACUUGAA